CCGCGUUUCCGCGUUUCCGGUGUCGGUCACUUGAUGUUUUGGCGUGUCGAGGAGAGUUUUCUGACGCUGUCGGUCUUCGAAACGAAGGUUUCAGAGCUCAGAUAGAUUCUCGACAUCCCUCUGCUGUACGAACCUCCCAGUCCUCUCCGAUAUGGAUCAAUCGCGAGCGUUUGCGUCGAUGUCGCUCUUUCUGUUGCUGUGCGUCGCGUUCAGUGAUUCUGAGGCAGCAACAACAAACGCAAAAGCGGCGAUAAAUCCACCUACAGUUCAUCCACCUGUUCACAAACCAUGCAACAUUAUGACUUCCUGUGAGACGUGCCUCUCCAAUGUCUCGUGUCUGUGGUGUCAGACGAACAGCAGCUGCACUGAUUAUCCCGUGUCGUACGUGAUUCCUCCGGCGUCGCUGUGUAAACUGUCUCAGGCGCGCUGGGGUGUUUGCUGGGUCAACUUUGAGGCUCUGAUCAUCGCCAUGGCCGUCGUGUGUGGGACUCUGCUGCUGGCCGUCACCGUCUGCUGCUGCUGCUGCUGCUGUAAACGCAGACGCUCGUCCAGUUUUGACCGAGAAGAUGAGCAGUUUGCCCGGAGAAGAGAGGAGAUCAGGCAGAGAGCAGAUGAACGGAGGGCGGAGAGGAAGGUGAAACACGACGAGAUCCGCAAGAAGUACGGUCUCAUCCCAGACUCCGAUCAUCCGUACAGCAAGUUCGAGAACGAGUGAAAGCCACGGACCGGAGACGGAGAUCAGCCUCUCAGACGCCGCUUCUCUUCUCCGUGUUACUCUGAAGACCCGUCCUCUUCCUCCUCCUCCUCGUCCUCCUCGUCACGAUUUCUAACGCUCUCAAAUCAAAACGGUGAAAUGAUAUCAAAGUGAUUUUAGGCCUGAAACGCCGAGCGGAUGUCUUCCGGUAGGGCCAGAAUGUAAAAAGAUAAGCUGAUUUAUUUUUUAAUCCUCACUAGCAGACAUCUUUUUCUAGUUUCAGUGCAAAACUCUGCAUUUUUCAGAAAAACAAGCGUGUCUUGAUUUAAGAAUGUAUGCACGCUCGUUUCCGAAAAGCAAGAUGAAAAUGCUUUUUUUUGUUGUUGUUGUACAUUUUAAUGCUGUUUCGAUUGUGACUCUGUUUCUCUGCUUUCUUAUAGAGAGUUAAAAGAUGACUUUAUUGUUCUAGAAAUACAGCAUCACACGCACCGCUGUCACGAUGCGUUCAGAUAAUGCUUUUUUCCUUUUGGGCCUUACACAUCGAUUACGGUGUCUCCAAUUCCCCUUUGCGUAACAAAACAAACUCGUGCAAUCAGAGGACGAAUGGAUGACAGCCAUUUUUUUUUUUUUUUUUGUGUGUGUUUUUGUCAAUCCUUGCACUUUUUGUGAUCGCGAACGCACGCAAAGGCUUCGUUUUAAAUCGCUCUGGCUUCUGUGAACGACUUAGACGUUUGUAUUUAUACCGUGUUCUUAUUAAAACGUGUCCUAAUAAAAACAAGCUUCCACUUUUAAA